AUGGCCACCACCGCCAGACAGCCCAAGCCAAACCGGAAGGGCCCCCCAGAGCCAGCGAACCGCGUACGCGCACCAGCCUGGUCCUCACCCGGCCCUCGCGCCUCUCCCACCUUCUCCCCAGGUGCAACCCCCGUUCGCCUUCCCAACGGGCCCCAGUCCGCCAGUCCCGCCGCAUUCCCGCCCCUAGGCCAUGCAAACGGUGCCCCGUCGCCCGCUCCAACCCGCCCAGAUAAAGACGACCGUGUCCUCGCCCAGCUCUCUGGUCUCACCGGGACCACCAUCACCCUUUCCACAAAGACCAACGUCCGGUACGAAGGUUCUGUACUUUCCACCAAUGCAGAGGGAGACACCACCGGUGUCACCCUCCGCGACGUCAAGGAUCUCACCGUCCCCGGUGCGCCCCUCCGCGACACACUCUUCAUUGCCGCGACCAACAUCGAUCAAUGGUCCUCUGGCCCUGCCGAUGCGAAGCUCACGAACGGUGACACGUUCAAGACCGACACAGAUAUCAGCCAAAAGACCGGCCGUCGCGAGCGCGAGCUCCAGGCAUGGCAACCUCACCCCGAUGACCCGUCUGCCCCCUCCGCGUCCGCUUCGACAUCCAACUCUGCUGCUCCCCCUGCGCGCACGACGGACGACGAGACAUUUGGCUCGGGCUCACAGGGUGCAAGCUGGGACCAAUUCGCGGUGAACGAACGGCUCUUUGGCGUGCGUGCGCAGUUCGACGAAGAGGCGUAUACGACGCGGCUCGAUCGCAGCGCGCCAGAUUUCAAAGAACGCGAGCGACAGGCUGCCAAGAUCGCAAGCGAGAUCCUGUCGUCUUCGACGAGUAACACACACAUCGCGGAAGAGCGAACGCAGAACUUCGUGGGGGUUGCCGAGGGCGCAAAUGAAGAGGACAAGUAUGGUGCUGUCGUCCGCAGCGCAAACGCAUAUGUUCCUCCUGGGGCACGCAAGGGCCCUCUUCCUUCUACUAAUGGCACCGCCAAGUCCCCGCCAGACAUUCCUAAGGUCGCGGUGAAUGCCCCGGAUGGUUCGGCCGUGCCUGCUGCGGAGAAGGAGGCAGGUUCUGCGCAGCCCGCUGCAGAUGCGGUGCCCGCCUUCCGCGACUUCGUGUCGAGCGAGAAGGAUCGGCUUAUGAAGAAGAAACAGGCGCUCAUGAAGAACGAGAUGGACAAGCGCCUGGCUGAUCUCGUCAAGUUCAGCCAGAACUUCAAGCUCAACAAGCCCAUCCCAGACGACCUGGUGCCCAUCCUUGCCAAGGACGAAGAUAAGCAGCGCCAGAUCCGCGAAAAGUCCACCAAGGACGCCGAGUCGUCGCACGCCCGCGCCAUCGGCGCUACCACACUCACCACCACGGCCUCCCCGACCGUGGCGCGCGCUGUCCCUUCGGCGGCCGCGGCGGGCCCCGCUACUGCGAAGGUCGCGCCGGAGCUCACGCGGCAGGCGCUCUCGAAAUCCGGUACCAUCCCACCUGCAGCGCAGAAGAACGCGACCGUGCCGAGCAAGCCCGGCGAGCCACCCAAGGGCCGCAUCAGUAUGGUUAUCCAAUCGAUCCCGCCGUUCAGGGGCAAGCGCGUGUCGACGGCUGGUCACAGCGCGACAUCAUCUUCCACUCAGGGCGCGGCGCGCGCGAGCCUGAAUACGAACGUUGCCGCGCAACAGGGCGGGCACAGUCCACUCUCGCCUGGUGCGGCGAACCGACUGAACGUCAACGCGUCGUCGUUCCGGCCGAAUGUCAAGCAGUUCUCGCCUCCCGGCGGUUCCCCGCGUCUCAACGGGACCCCGUCGUCCUCGGCGUCGCCGAAGACUAAGCCCGCGGACUCUGCGUCCAGCGUGUCCCCGGUCCCCGCCCCGCCGAACCCGUUCUUCGGCACGCGCACGAUUAAGAAGACCCCGCCGGUCCAUAUCAAGGAUGACUUCAACCCAUUCAAGCACGGCAAGGUCCCCGACGCGAAACAAGUCCCGUGGACAUGGCCCUACACCGGCAAGCGCUAUAUGCAGCUGUUCCCCCCACCACAAAUGCAGCCGCAGCCACAGUCGCCGCACAUGCAACACCCCGGUCCGCCCCAGCCCCCGCCUCAGCCGACGUACGAGGAAGAGUCCGCCGCGCAGGCGGCUACGCGCGGGUACGUAUACGCAUAUCCGCCGUAUGGCUACCCACAACAGAUGCAGAUGAUACCUGGUAUGGGGCCCCCGCCGCCUGGCGCGUAUAUUCCUGGCCCGCCCGCGUUCAUGCAGCCAAUGGCCUAUCCGAUGCCCCCUCCAAAUGCCAUGUAUCCUUCGACCCCGAUGGGUCAGAUGCAGCCCUACGGCAUGCCGCCACCGCCACCCGGCGCAUAUCCGCCUCCAAACGGCGCCGGCCCACGACCAUCCAUGCCCCCCACCCCCAUCCCGUCCCACGCACACCCAUACUACCACCAAAGCCCGCAGCUCCAACACGCCGUUCCUUACCAGAUGAUGAUGCCGCCGCCAGGACCUCACGGCUACGACCAAGCACAGGCGCCGCCCGUGCAGAUGGGCGGCCACGCUUAG